AUGCUGAUGAACCACACAAACCAAACCGAGGAUGAUGUUUUCCCUUGCUACAGUCUGUCAGUUGUAGGUUACCGGUACUUUGCUGUGCUGUGGGGAUGUGCCGUGACCAUCACUGGUAUGGUGGGAAACCUGAUGACCAUUCUAACCUUCGCCUUAGACCCACGUCUGAGGACUCACUUCAAUGUGCUCAUCGUCAACCUGGCUGUAGCUGACCUCCUGUACUGCGCCGUACUGCAGCCCAUCUCAGUUGAUUCCUAUCUACACCUCAGAUGGUGCAGCGGGGAGCCCUGGUGCAGCAUCUUUGGCUUGCUCCUCUUCCUCUCCAACUCUGUGUCCAUUAUCACACUCUGCCUGGUAGCGCCUAUUUUUGUAUUUGUACCGCAGGUGUGCACAUGCAGCUUCCACCGCAUCAGGGGUCACCCCUAUUCCACCAUCCUGCUCUUCUUCUACUUCUUUGUAGGCCUUGGCUGCGUUGGUGCAUUCUAUCUCCUCAUCUACAGAUGUGUCUGCAUCGCCUCACAGGCUCUACUCCGCUACAGGCUCAGCCCACGAUCAUCCAGGAAGAAACCAGCUUCUUUGGUACAAAUGACCUAGACUGGUGUAGAGAGUGGCAUGGCCAACACGUGUAGCUGUGAGAUGAGCAGCCAUGAGGAUCGAGCCCAAAAUAAGGAUGAUCAGUCUCCCCAAAAAACCCAGGGUUCUACCAAGGCCACAUAUCCAUCUGCAACCAACAAGCCUUCCCCUGGUAUUGACCCUACACCACCUUCAACCACACCUGUUCCUACCACUGCAGCGUCUACGUCCCACUCAGUAACCUUAGGAGAUGAUGUUGAAAUGUGUUUUACUGUUUUCCUGUGUUUUGUGUUCUGCUGUGUCCCCUUCCUGUUGCUCAACAUAGCCGAUAAACAUAACCGCGCCCCACGGGUACUGCACAUGUUCUGUGCAAACCUACUCAACAGCUGUAUCAACCCUGUGCUCUAUGCUGUCAUGAAUCGACAGUUUCGACAGGCCUACCAUGUACUGCUCACCAGGGCUGCUGCACCCUUCACCUGCCUCUGGACCUGGUGUUCAGCUCUGAGGUCCUAGACUCCUGGAACUUGUCUAGUGUUUAUCCUGAUAUAAAUCCUGUAUGA